AUGGUUAUUUCACCAGCGAGUCGGUCACCAGCGUCCCGGUCGGUCUUUAGCGAGGGGCAGCAGAUACGAAGACUCCUGGUGAAGCGAGAACAAACUUUAUUUAUGCAGGUUUUAAUGUUUUCAGAGUACUUGGAAGGUCUCAGAGGACUCACUCAAUACGACGCUCACGGCCCGGAGGAGGACUGGAAGAGACUUGAUGAGACAGAAGGUCAGCAGCAGAGAGCGACCAGAGGAGAACCUCGCGUGUGA